AUGAACGACACCCCGGACAGAAAUGCCUGUAAGGCUCCUGCAGRGAAAGCACGACAGGAGGCCACCGCCCAGGGCGAUGCAGUAGAGGAGAUGGAAGAGAAGCUCGCGGAGGCCAAAGAGCUGCACAAUACAAAGCUUCUGACUGCACGGAAAGCAGAAGCCCACGAGCGCGACUACGAGGCUACAUGGGAAAGGAGGGAGCAACAGAAGUUGAAUGUGUACGAGUUGAAAGAGCAGCUCGAAGAAGCAACGGAGACAGUCAAGGAGACUACGAAAGUGCUCUGGGAGAUGAAAAGCGAAGCCAAUGAUACGGUUCUGCCCAGGUCCCGGGCAUCGAGUGUCGGUUCUGAGGACGAUGAAGAGCGUGGGGACGCUGGAGACGAUCAACCCCGCGAAGACCCUGGAGACGAUGACCCUCGCGAAGACACCGGAGACGAUGAAGAGUCUGAACAUUCCGGAGACUAUCAGGAGCCUGAAGACACUGAAUUACGGCCAGUUCGCUCGCAGGAGCGGCGGCGUACUCUCGGUGCUGAGCCGGAACCGCGAACUCCAGCAAAAGCUGUUCGCAAGACAGCUCAGUCGACGCCGAAGAAUCACGGCUUCGCCCAGCCACUGCCGAAUUUGGCGCCCAACAUCUUCAAGAUCAACGGCCAGUAUGAGGCUCUCUCUUGCUUUGUCGUCGGCUGCGGCACCAAUCAGCACCGUGGAAACUUGAAGCUCUUCAAGGACUUCAAGGCGCUCAAGCGCCAUGCUCGCGAGGCGCAUGGCGAGCAAUACAAGGCGGACUUUCCGAAGAAACAUGUCAGCGAUCGGGAGUAUCUGGACUCCCAGUAUGUGGAACGUAUUCCUGUCUCGGCGGACGAAAUCGCUCAGAUUCGGUCCACCUGGACUCUCCCCGAGCAUCUGGAGGUCCGUCCUCCACUCAAUGAGGAAUAUCAGUACCCGGUGCCCGCCAAGCGUAAGCGGAGAGACGGUAGUGUCGGGCAGAGUGGCUCGCGAAAGAAGCCUGCUGGCAAUGCUAGGCAGGUUCUAGCUGGAGCUCCAGCAAUUGAUGAGGAGUACGAGGAUGAGCAGCUGGGCGUUAUGAAUUACUCAGGAUACGAACGAACCCCGCAGAAUGACAGUAGCGUUGAGAAGAUUUACGCACCGCCUUCGCACACAGGGCUGUCCUUGAACACACCUCGACGCUGA